AUGAUUUGCUGGGCUAGCAACUGCAUGUUGGUGAGCGUCGCCUAUGUGUCCACUGCAGAAGUGUGGGUGGACAGUGCAGUUGAUUGGACGCUUGAUGGCCUGGCAAAGGCUUGUGCGCGCUAUCAUUAUUGGAUCACAGCCUGCUCAGUCAUAAAGUUCACUGCGAACAAUGCUCGCUUUGUUUUAGUUGUGCGCCUUGGAAGUGAGGAGAAUGCCACGAAGGCAGCCAACACUUCAGCGCUGGGCUCACUAGAAAAAAACGAUUUUCUGGAGUAUCACAGUGUUUGGGACCUGUUGCGGUCCAAGAGGCCAUCGGGAGAGGCUCGUCGAUUGAAGCGCCUCACGCCACUGCUGACUUUAGUGCGUGGGCAGACCUUGCUACAUGAACCUGGCUUCUUGGUGCUGCGCCCGAUGCUGGAGCAGGUAAUCUGUUGCACUUACAAUGAUGCUGUGGUUCACAAUGAGAUUGUCAGACAGGGAGCGCAGGCAGUGAAGUCUUCUGCAGUUGACAUGGAGAUCUUGCGAAGCUGCCGCACGUUGGCACUGAUGGAAGAUUGCGGCCCUGUGACCUGGAGUCAGCGUUGGAAGGAGUUAGCCAUGAGAUGGAUAGAGGUGCACCUGGAGCAAAUCCUUGCGAAUGAUGCACUUCUUCUCCUGCUGAUGGAAGCUUCUCAGUUGGAGGCCUUUCAGGAUUUAUGUCGACAGCUGCAGGCUGCAGGUGCGGGUUGCACCCUCACUGCAUUCAGCUUUAUCCAUGGGGCUCGCCGGUGGGGCUUCGCUCUUUUGGCGGCAGCCUCCGUUGCGUUGCCACCUUUGAAGCUGCAAAAGAUGCGCUUCCUUCUUCAAGCGGACUCGGUAGCCGCAGUAGCUGAUGCAAAAGAAGGUCCAAAAAAGCCUUUGAUGCGGUGUUGCGUCCCCGGCGGGGCACGUCUAUUUCUGCAGCAACUGCUUGUUGAUCAGAGAUAG